CCAUCAUCUGCUCUCACCGCGCCUUCAAUUUCCUUUCGCCCAUCUCCGCACUGACCGGCGCCAGUAAAGGGUGCCUGCGACGCGACUUCUUCCCAUCUUUCCAUUGCACCAACUCACGCCUCACCAGCACCAUGGCUGAUUACCAGGAGGAAGACCUUUUCGACGAUCUCUACGACGACGAGCCUGCGUCCAAGGCAGCUCCCGCAGCAGCACCACCGCUGAAGGCCGAACCAGAAGUACAGCUCGAGCAGCAGGGCGCCCCGCCGCAAGAAACAUCACAGGAUGCUGCGUUUGCGCCCCAAGAGCCUGCCGCUGGUGGCGAGGACACGAACAUGGGCGGAGCUGCGUACAACAACGGAGGUAACCAGUCGUACGACAACGCCCAGCACAACGACGACGACUACGGUCCUAUCAAUGUGAAGGAGGAUGGUAAAAUGUUCAUUGGAGGUUUAAACUGGGAAACAACAGAGGACUCUCUCAAGAACUACUUUACCCAGUUUGGUGAGGUCAGCGAAUGUACUGUCAUGCGUGACUCCGCGACCGGCCGCUCGCGAGGCUUUGGCUUCCUGACUUUCAGAGAUCCUAAAUGCGUCAACACCGUCAUGGUCAAGGAGCACUAUCUCGACGGCAAGAUUAUUGAUCCUAAGCGGGCUAUUCCCAGAGAAGAACAGGAGCGAACCAGCAAGAUCUUUGUUGGCGGUGUCAGCCAGGAAGCAACUGAAGAGGACUUCACAAAUUUCUUCAAGCAAUUCGGUCGCGUUGUUGACGCCACCCUCAUGAUGGACAAGGAGACAGGCAGGCCUCGUGGUUUCGGCUUUGUCACCUUCGACGGCGACGCAGCAGUAGACGCAACCCUAAAGCAGCCCCUUCAGAUUCUCGGCAAGCCGAUUGAAGUCAAGCGCGCCCAACCUCGAGGCAACAUGAGGGAUGGUGAGGACGACAAAAAGUUUGGUCGCAACAAUAAGUUCGGCAAUCGUGAUGGAGGUAAUAAUGGAGGCUAUGAUAACCAGAACAACCAGCAACAACAAGGCGGCAAUGCCGGCAUGACGCCUGCUAUGAUGGCUCAAUACUGGCAGCGAAUGCAGCAGUACUUCCAGCAGAUGCAGCAACAGCUCGCUGGUGGCGGUGGCGGUGGCAUGCCGGGUGCUAUGGGCGGCAUGGGUGGAAUGAACCCAAUGCAAAUGCAGCAGAUGCAACAGAUGCAGGGUAUGAUGGGCGGCGGCAUGAAUCGCGGCAACGGCAGCCCGAACCCACAGAACAUGGGCGGCGGCAUGAACCCGAUGCAAAUGCAACAAAUGCAGCAGAUGCAGCAAAUGCAGGCACAGCAGCAGAUGAUGCCACAAGGCGGCGGCGGCUUCAACGGCGGCAAUGAACAAGGUAUGGACGGCGGAUCUCGACCAGCGUACACAGCUCAAGAACAACUAGCCUUCGAACAACAAAAAUACGAGCAACAACAGGCCCGACGCCAGCAGCAGUCAGGUGGAUAUGGAGGCCAGGGAGGACCCACGAGUUGGGAAGGCAUGUACGACGAUGCCCCUCAGCCCUCCAUCCCAUCUGGCCCUGCUGGCGGCCGCGGAGGCUUCAAGCACCAAAACAACAACCGCCAGCGUCAAGGCUCCUCACAGCCCCCGACCGGUCCCAGCGCUGCACCUAUAAAUGCGCCCACGGGCCCUAAGAAUGCCGGAAAACCUGGUGCGAAUUACAGGGGCGGUGGUAGAAGCAACAACUUCCGACACCAGCCCUAUGGCGGUGGUCGCGGAUAGAGCCCGCAAGUCAGUCCUCAAAGAUGCUCCCUUUCCUUUGAUGACGAUGUGAGUCCUUCUGCACGUCGUAUGCAAUUCCUUCACUGGAUGCUUGAAUAUCAGCGGCGACACCAGUAUCUUGACCGAGAACGCUAUCGGUAUCUGUCUUGUUUUCGAUACGGGUGGGCUUAGGAGCGCCUUCGAUGCAUGCGCAAGUACAUGCAUUCUCCAGCAAGAGACAUCGACUCGACCUCCUCCCUGUCUUGAUGACUAUCAUUCAAGUUUGAGGACCCUCCUGUUCGCACCCAGCUCUACUUCCUUCUGCGACCUGUCUUUAUUACCAUGUUCUUCGGCGUUGGCUUCAGGGAUACCUGUAGGGUUCACUCAAAAAGAUUAAUUCAAACGCCACAUAUACAAAUCAUGGUGGCUCGACAGGGUGGGAAUUGUGCUUUGUUUGUGUAGGAUAUUGGUAAUCACAAUGCGAAAUGGUCAUUUUA